GUUUGUUUUUAAGGCUCGACAAUUGGAACAAGACAUCCACAAAUCGUCGACAGCACACUUGUUUUCAUGCUGGACGCGUUUACCACACAGCUGACUGACUCGACGGUUGCCGACGACGACUCGAGUGAAACAUGCCGCUGUGUUUGCAUCGUGGGUGUGGGAAGGAGUACUCCGAGGAGGAGAACAAGGAUGGGGAUUGCCGGUAUCACCCUGGUACUCCCAUCUUCCACGAAGGGCUGAAGGGCUGGUCCUGUUGUAACAAGCGGUUCACGGAUUUUUCAGAGUUCUUGGCAUAUCCGGGAUGCACGUAUGGAGAACACAGCGACGUGCCGCCGGACGAUGACGUGGAUGCAAACGCGGCGUUGAAGGAGCUCUCCUCUGCCCCAAUUGAUCGCCUCUCCCUGGAGCAGCAGCAGACCAUGGCACAAGUCCGUGACGCGGCACCAAAAGUUGAUCUGGACGUGAAGGUGACGCCCUCGCUCGAGCGCGCCCUGGAAAAGUUCCGCGCACGCCAGGCAGAGGAAGAGACGGAUGAGGUGAAGCCUGGACAGCCGUGCACCAACAACGCGUGCAACGCUACAUACGUUGACGAAAUGAGCAACGAGGAGGAGUGCUUGUACCAUCCAGGGGCGCCUGUCUUCCACGAAGGGUACAAGUACUGGUCCUGCUGCCCAAAGAAGAAGACCUACGAGUUUGAUGAGUUUCUGGAGUUUAAGGGCUGCACGACAGGAAAGCACUGCUGGGUGAAGCCAAAGACAGCGCAGGUGCGCAAGUGCCGGCACGACUGGUUUCAGUCGGAUGAUCGCGUGAGUGUCAGCAUCUACGCCAAGUGCAUCGACCCGGAAAAGUGCAGCGUCAAGGCAAACUCAGACUCGCUCACGGUUGAUAUUGUGUAUGAGGACAUCAACAAGUACACAAUGGAGCUUCACCUUGGCGGCAAAAUUGACCCUUCAAAGUCAUCUGCAACGCUAACGGGCACCAAGUUGGACCUGAAUCUCGUCAAGGCAUCUCCGGGCGACACGUGGGCUGACUUGGAGGCCUCCACAUGAACAUGGGCGACGUUACGCGUGUGCAUGUGAACGUGUCUGUCUGUAUGUGCCUGUGUGUUUGUGUGUGUGUGUGUAUGUUUGUGUGUGUGUGUGUGUGUAUGUUUGUG